AUGACUGAUCACGCUGAAUUAUUCAAACCAAAGACUGGAGGCUUAGCUUUCAAGAGAGCUGCCAAUGAACUAUUCGAAUACACCAUCGUUGAUGCUACCAAUGCCUUGAAAAGUUACAAUAGCAAAAUGAUUCUCCUCAUUGACUGGGAUUCCCUUUCGAAUAUUCCAGCCGAAUUAAAGUACAAGUAUGGAGAUACUGAUAAUGAAGAGAAAGCUCUCGAUAACAUUAUGAAAUUCCUCAAGAACUCCUCCAGAUUGAAGAGUUUGGGUGAUUUAGUAAUUUGGGAAUUCGUCCAAGAUUCGGAUUGUAAAGAAGCAUUUCAAGUAUUGGACAAGUUGAUUUUCAGAGUUGUUCAUAAUGAGAAUGAUAUGGAUCAUUCUGGUGCUCAUGGAUAUACCUAUCAAGUUAAAGGAAGUGAAUUGAUUGUAACUUUGGAAUGUAAUGUCACUCAAGUUAUUCAAUAUCAAUAUGAAGGUUGGACUGUUGACAGAUUUGAAGAAGUUAAAAAGUUGAUGGCUUGUUUCUAG